AUGCUUCGCUGCAGCAAUGUCGGCGCCCUGCAGACGGCAGCCGGGAGGGUUACGGCGCUGAAGUUGAUACCGCCGAGAUGUGUUGGGUAUUCCGGAACUAGAGCAAUUGGAUUACAGUCUCCGAUUUCGAGUAGCGCGAUUGCGCGGAGGAUACCACGGAGGGGCAAUCUAGGACCGUCGCUGUUUUGCGCGCGCUCUGUUGGGGGAUUGAGAACAUACGCUACAGAUGCGACUGAGGAUAUCGCCGGAGAGGAGAACGAUGAAGCCCAGCUUACGCCCCUGCCUACACACGAGAAACCGGAGAAGUCACGCGGGGCACCGAGGAAACGAGACUCGCUACUCCACGAACUCGCAAAAGAAGGAACAUCGCCAAAACUCCGAGAAGAUAGGAAGCAGAGGGAGUGGAGUAACUUCAGUCUCAAUGAAAUCAAAAGGGCCGAAACCGCGGCCAACAAAGAAGUGAUUUGGUUGACGGAUCGGGCGACGUUGGCGGAGAGGGUUGAAAAGGUGCUGCAGAAGAGGGACGCGUUGUUUGCGGCGACGCUUGUGCGGAAGGCACAGGGGUUGGGGCUUGGGAGUACGGCGGCGUGGAAUUAUCUCAUGGAGUAUUGCAUCAGGGAGAAUGAGCCGCAGGCUGCGUGGAGGUUCUAUAACGAGAUGAAAAAACGAGGACGGCAGCCGAAUACGAGGACCUAUACGCUCAUGUUGUCUGGUCUGGGUAGAACCACCAACCAACUUGGAUUCAAUAACAUUAAGACCGCAUUGUCAAUUUACGAGAGCAUUGCCGAAACCAACAAUGGCAUCGAACAAAGCAUCGUCCAUGCCAAUGCCUUAUUAACUGCCUGUCUUCGACAGGGUGACUUGGACACCCUGUGGAAGGUUGCCGCGGAGCUCCCUGAAGUCGGACCACAGGCGCCGGAUGAGAAAACAUAUACUAUAAUCCUGAAAGCCGUCACAUUUUCCCUCGAGCGAGAUGUAAAGGAAAUACCAUCAGAGGAUGUGGACAAGAUAAUCGAGCGGAGACACGAAGCCGUGAUAGAAGCCAAGAAAGUUUGGUCUGAAGUGGUCUAUCUCUGGAAAGCAGGACGUAUUCCCAUGGACACUUAUCUCGCCAAUGCUAUGGCGAAGAUCCUGUUGCAGGGAACCUCCGAUCACGACUGCCAUGAUGUCUUUAAGUUGUAUAGGCAAGUCUGUGGCACACCGGUUCUUGUAGAGGAACCGCGUAAGCCUAGGGCGCCUACGCCACCAUCACCACCUCCCCGUUCUUCCCCGCCACCUAAACCGAAGAGAAAACAGAAGAAAGAGGAACAUCUCAUUGCCCCAGAUUCAGAUCCUGAUAGGAACUAUGUCCCGUUUGUGGGCGAGGACGAAGAACCGUUAUACAAGUCGAGAGAGGCAGAAGAGGAACUGGAGGUUAUGGAGCAGGAACCGGAGGAAGAGGUCUCGGUGAAUUUUGAUCAUUUAUUCGAUCCGGUUUUCUCAGGGGUUGCUCCGGCUGCUGAGCAAGCUGCCACAGCGGAGCCCCAGCCUGCUGUGCAGGAUGCGACGAUUAGAGAGCAAGCUACCAAUGCGCAAGAAACCCAAACUGUUGCGCAGGAUGCCGAGGACACUUCCUCGGAAGGAACUUCGUCAACUGCUGAGUCCACAGCUGAGACUCCCCAAGCUGUGGAGACAAACGUGGUGACUAGCGGCAGGGAAAUCAAAAGACCAUCUUUCCGAACAUUGGUUCCCUUUGGCAGCUCAGAGCUUUGCUAUGUGUUGGAGGCUUGUAUGCUUAUGACACAAGGGACGCCAGCCGCAAGAGCCAAUUGGGAGUAUUUCACGCAGAGUGAUAAUCCACACAAGAUCCAACCAGACAAAGAAUCCUGCCUUUGGUAUCUGCGGAUCCUACGACAGUCGCACUCCAGCCGCCUCACAAUCCGACUCCUUCAGGAUCAGAUGAUCCCCGCCAAACUGGUGGAUGGUAGGGUUUUCCACAUCGCUCUCAGCUGCUGCCGGCGUGACCGUAAGAACAUCAGCAUCUUCAGGAAUGCCAAUGAGAUCCUCGACCUCAUGCACCAGAGCAUUGUCCUUCCCGACCCGCGAGCGUUGGAGGGCUACCUUGAACUAGUCGAGAGCUUAAGGAGGAAUCCUCAACGUCUCACGAUCUUGCAGGGUCUUGAGCCGGAGAGGAAAAAGCCCGCUGCCAGCUUGGAAGCUUGGGGUCGCGAGUUGCAGGUGAAGUUGCAAUUGCUCGCGGUGCAAGCGCUGCGCCCUCACAUUGCGAAGUUCCAUGAUGCGAUGCAACAGGCGGACAAUGAUCUCCACGCUCAGGGCCGUUCGUCCAAGAACAAAAAGCACGUUGCAGUCUAUGGUUCCUCGGCUGUGAAGAUCAUGCUCACAGCAAGACUCAUGAUGGACAACCUCUUGACCAGGAGUAAUGCAUCGCUCAUUUCCGAGGAAGAUCGCAAGUUGCUCGAGGAAGGCUCGCAUAGGUUGCGAGUGUACUCAACCCCCGGCGCAUCGAAGAAGUUCCAUAACAUCACCGUGUUUCCGACGCCAAAGCAGCUUAGGGCAUUCGAGAAUGGAGGAGGAAGGGCUGUGGUAGGGGAAAUUGCGAAGAGAGGAUGGCGGCAUGAUGGCGAAUAA